UACUUAAAUACGACGCCAUUUACACCCUUUCUCCAUUCCCGACCACCAAUCCCUCUUUUGGUGGUAGUAGAUGAUUCCGGUGGACUUCCGCCGGUCUUCUGCGUAAACCAUCAAAACUUCAGAUUACCCUAAAACCAUGGGGCAGGGUCUUAGUUGCAGAGUACAAGAUGAACAUGGCUUGUUCACAGCAGUACAGUUUGGCGAUUUGGAGAUUGUGAAGACUGUUUUGGAGAGAGAUCCAUCUCUGAUUCAACAAAAAACCGUUUAUGAUCGCCAUUCUGCUCUUCACAUAGCUGCUGCCAAUGGCCAGAUCGAGAUUCUUUCUAUGCUUUUGGAGAAUCGAUCUGUCAAUCCGGAUUCUUUGAAUCGUCAUAAACAGACUCCAUUGAUGUUGGCUGCAAUGCAUGGGAAGAUCGCUUGUGUUGAAAAGCUUAUUCAAGCUGGGGCUAAUAUUUUGAUGUUCGAUUCACUGAAUGGAAGAACAUGUUUGCACUAUGCCGCUUAUUAUGGUCACUCCGAUUGUCUCCAGACCAUUCUUUCCUCUGCCCGAACCUCCCACGUCGCGUCUUCUUGGGGCUUUUCGCGAUUUGUGAAUAUAAGAGGUGGUAAAGGGGAAACACCAUUACAUUUAGCCGCUCGUCAACGGCGGCCUGAAUGUGUUCAUAUACUUCUAGACAGCGGAGCUCUGGUCUGUGCCUCCACCGGUGGACAUGGUCUUCCUGGUAGCACUCCACUUCAUUUGGCAGCAAGAGGUGGUUCCAUGGAUUGCAUCCGAGAAUUAUUAGCAUGGGGUGCAGAUCGACUUCAUAGAGACGCAACUGGGAGAAUCCCAUAUGCAGUCGCUUUAAAACACAAAAACGGCGCAUGUGCAGCUCUGCUCAACCCAUCAUCCGCAGAGCCACUGGUGUGGCCAUCACCAUUGAAAUUCAUCAGCGAGCUUAAUCAAGAUGCAAAAGCUCUGUUGGAACAAGCUCUAAUGGAGGUCAACAAGGAACGAGAAAAAGCAAUUUUGAAAAACACCGGCUACUCGAUGCCGUCUCCUUCCCAUUCUGAUACCACCGCCAUGGAUGAUAAUAUCUCCGAGGCGAGCGAUUCACAGUUAUGCUGCAUAUGCUUUGACCAAUUAUGCGCCAUUGAAGUUCAAGAUUGUGGUCAUCAAAUGUGUGCUCAAUGCACACUCGCAUUAUGCUGCCACAACAAACCGAACCCAACAACCUUAUCCCUGCCCGCACCCAUCUGCCCGUUUUGCCGAAGCAACAUAGCCCGGCUGACCGUGGUCAAAGUCAAAGUCAACACUGCUGACCAAGAACUCGAUCUUUAUUCCUCCCCUAAGCAGAGAAAAUCAAGAAAGUCUAUGAAUUUAAGUGAAGGGAGCAGCAGUUUUAGGAGUUUAUCGGCUGUGCCAUCGUUUGGGAAAAUUGUGGGUCGCGGGUCGGGUCGGGUUUCGGUUGAUAUUGAAAUUGAUAAACCGUGAAAAAAGGUUAUGAAAGUUGGAAACUUGGGUUGCAAAGAAUAGGGGAAGAAUUCUUGGGGUUUCCAUGUAUAGAAAGAUCUCUUCGAAUCUGUUAUUUGUUUUAAAGAUUUGUGGGGGAAUAAGUAAAAGCAAAAGGUGGAGGGAGGUUUUGGGUUGGUGAGUAUUUGUUUCCAUUGUGUUUUACUUCUACUUGAAGCAGAAGUAGUAAAAGCUUGCAUGGGAGACUUUGUUUAGUUACUUGUUUAAAAAGUAUUCUUUUUUCACUUUUUUUUUUCUUCUAAGGUUAGAAAAUUCAGAAUUCAAGAUUGUUAAUGUACCCACCCCUCCAAUGUAAAAAUGGUGUGUGGUUAAUUGAACCCCACCUUUUAUUUUUAUGUCCAUGAUUAUGAUGAGAGUAAUUUUGUUUAUA